AUGGGUUCGGCGAACUUCCUGGACAGGCCCGACCUUGAGCUUGAGCGGCGAACCACUACCUGCGAUCCGCCCGAUCGUUCCACUAUCUGGGUGUCCCAGACCUGCCGAACCCCCUCUCCUCUGGUCUCUCUCCUCUCUCUGCACUCGCGAUCGCGUCCCACCUCUGCCUACCCAUCCCAAGAUGCAGCAUUACCCAGAGACCAAGGCCUGCCCCUGGUGGUGCCUAUCGCGACUAGUGCCUUCCCGGCAUAUGUCGCACUUUCUCUCGUAACAAAGGGUGAGAGUGAAUUAUUCAUCUUCAUGCUUGCACCUAAGCUGUCCAUACACCCCAUCCCAGCCUCAGGUCCUACCACGCGAAGUGCUAGCGCACGACCGACGCCCUCGCGCUCGUGUCGUACCUCCCUUCGCUUGAGAGGCGAUAGUCCAGUGAAGCUCGGAUGGGUCCAGGACGAAGCGCGCCUCGCCCGUUCGUCCAGUUGGGUUGCACCACUAAGCCUCAUCCGCCUCGUCAAAUACUCCCACUCUCGCCCGCUGGUAGAGCCGCCGCACCCGCACUUCAUCCUCCCAUCGCACGAAAUCGAGUUUUCACCAAACGAAAGGGCUGUCGAGCAGUUCAAAGGAAUUUGCCUGUUCUCCCUCGCAUGCACGCAAGCUCCCACCCUCCUCCCAUCCGACACGGCUGAAAUCUUCUACGAGGGCAUCAAAUCCCCAGUCGCAAUUGACGGCUCGGAGAUUUUAGAUGUCAUCCCUCUCCGAUUGAAGGUCGAUUUUGUCGGAUGGGUCGAUAACGAGCCUUGCUCUACUGCGACGGCCGCCGCACCUAUACUCUAG